GCAGACAGUUACACACGAGAGUCGCGUUGAGUCUCAUCGCAGUUUCAAAGUUCAUAAAUAAAGUAAUGAUCAUACUCGCUAGAAUCAGUUAUACAAUUGUUAAAUGAACAAGGUGCAAGAGGAAUAUGUGCUCGUAGAUUGCGCGAAAUAUUAUGAUUCGCGUUGGUGUGCAUUCGCCAUAUGGAAUAAUAUUCCUUUUGAAUGUAAUCCACUUGUAACGUAACAUACAAUUAUUUCGAAAUUGCUUGAAAUAUGAGGAACAAAAUUCGUAAAUUUUAAGUGCACAUAGAAACCAUGUAUUUUCUUAGUUUUGUAACAGAACCUCGCAUGAUGCCUAAGAUUUCUAUUUUGAUCACCUUGCUAUUUUCUACCAUGGUAUAUGGUGAUACACCAUCAUGCUCGGAAUACUUUACAUAUUCGGUCGAUCCUAAGACACGCGUUAUGUCAGGACAGAUUACAAUUCCACCUCCAGCAGUAAACGAUGAAUUUUAUUUAAAGGUAGCCUUAAAGACUAACGUUCAUUUGACGGAUGGAUCGUUUCACUUGGAGUUGGUACGAUCGAUAAAAGAUUCCAUUGAAGCUAUCCAACACGGCAGAUCUUUGUUGUACCGUGUUAAUUUUCCUUCUGAAGACAAUUUUCCAAUAGUCUCAGAGAUAUGGUUCAAUAAUCAACAAUAUUGUCUUAAUUCCGAAGCAUCUGGAAAUUGGAAGCAUACUAUCGAGUUGGGACAUAUUGUGUAUCCACCAAAGGAAGAGUCAAAUUUGCAAAAUUUUCAGCCGUGGCAUCGAAAUGCGAGCAGCUACCGUGUAUAUGAUCCGACUUAUUAUUACUUGAAUGAUUCUCAACCCACUAUUGACGCUCCUUCUGAUAAAACUGCCCACAAUGAAGAACACAUUAGCAGUAAUAGUACUAUUAACAACGAAUGCGGUGUCACCAGUUACUACACCGAUAGCACAAAUAACCUGGUGCCCAACUGUGAGAACUCAUUACCAGGCCAGUGGCCGUGGGUGGUGGCAAUUUAUGUUCUAAAAUCAGAACGUACGAGCGAAUUUAGGUGUAGUGGUUCAAUUCUAACAACGAAACAUAUUAUAACAGUGGAGCCUUGUUUGAAAUUGAAGCGUUAUGCUAACAACACUAUACAAAUUCCCGACAAUAUGUACGCAGCCUUUGGACAAUUUAACUCGCGUCAGUGGCAUGGAAUGGGAAAUUUUAAUCGCAAGGUCACUAACUUUAGGACUACGGGCACGAACUAUAUUUAUAACAACAAAAUCGAGCACUAUCUCGCGAUUUUAACUGUCGAGACGCCCGUCGAAUAUAGCCCGUUCAUCAAACCCAUUUGCUUAUGGUACAGAUCGGACGAUUUUGCGGACGUCGUUCAUUGGACAGGAUAUGUGGUGGGUUAUGACAGGAAUGUAUCCCAAACACAAAACAUCAUCGAGGAACCACGGAUGUCAAGAGUGACGGUACUGGAUAAAGAGCACUGUCUCGCGGAUAACCCGAAUGCCACAUCCAAGAACAGAUUCUGCGUCGAAUUGGAAAACGUAGGGCAAUCUUGCUACGCUGACAGCGGGAGCGGGGUGGUAUUCUAUGCACCAGGCCGUUAUAUGUUGCGCGGCAUUGUCCUGGAAGAGGUAACAACAGCCACGUACAUAUGUCACGAUUGAUGUAGCUAAAUACCUACCUUGGAUUCUGACUACGAUUCAUUCCCGCGCCGACUACUCCUAGUAGAAAAUAUAUUAGAAAACACGUGAUUAAGUAACAUUAAUCUCAGCACUUGCGAGAAAUAAGAAUUAAAUGUAUAAGUUUUACUUUCUUCUUACGGCCAUUUUUCUUAACAUAAUGCAUUACUUACAAUAAUAAAUAAAUUGUGUAAGUUGAUGUAAAUGUAAAUAUCUGUUAUUGUGGAUUUAUUAGCAAUAAAUGAUAAAUCAUGUUAUGAUACGCAUUAUGA